AUGAUUAGGAUUGAUUCAGAAGGUUACUCAGGAGAGGAUCAUUCGUUACUGGAUGAACAGAAUGAUGAUCAGACACCGUCCACGUCGCAUUCUGGUAGCUCUAGUACCGGUAAUUCUACAGCUCAACAUCAACUGUUCAUGUCGCUAUCAAAUUACCUACGUAAGAAGGAAACAGAAAAUGCGAGACGACUGUCGAAGGGCUCAUCUUAUGGAACCGAGAAACAACAGUCGUUGUCGUUGAUCAACAGGUCAUUAACCUCUCGUCGUCGAUUGAACAGACGUGAACGCAAUAUUCAUCCAGUAACAUCCUACUUCUUGAUAACCGAUGAAAAGUCGAAGUGUGCCGUAUGUAUAUUGUGCUUGAAUGUGAUGAAAGCAGGUAAAACUGCGAAUCUAAUGAGACACAUGAGUCGUUAUCACAAAUUGGUUGCGGUUGAAUUGGAGAAACAAUGGGAUUUGAUCAAAAUUAAAAACAGUAGUGGUAAUAAUAAUAAUAAGGCGACGAUGGUAACGGAUACUAAGAAUCAGUGUCAUACGGACACAGUUCUGUAUACUUCAUCAAACAAUGAUCAACACACCGCAGCAUCGCCGUUCACUAACGAAUCUUCUAAUAACGGAUCAUCACCACUGGUAGAUCUGUCCGAAUCGGCAACAACAAAUACCACAUUGCUACCGAAUGAUAGUGGACUGAUUGAUAAUGAUAACGAUAUUGAUUUGCCGAAAACAGAACAAGGCCAAGAUGGAAGUGUGCACAAUGGAUAUGCAAUAAACAUGCAACUGUUCAGUAAUGUAGCGUCGUCGUCAGCCGAUCGUGCAAGGCAAGAGGAGUUAAUCAAGAAGACCGAACGUCUUUUCGAGGAGAACGCGAAGAGAGAGGAACGUGUAGAGCGAAAAGAGGAUGAAUUGCAAAAAGUUGCGAGUGAAUUGUCGAAUAAAUAUGAUCAGCAGCAUAAACUAUUAACUGAUUUAACAAGCAAAUUACAAUUCAUCAUCGCCAAUAUGCACAAUGAACAACCACCUUGA